UCCAGGUAAUCUUGCGUCGACCACCUCGCCAUACUUUUCUACGUCUUCUACGCUGUCAACCUCAAUCCCUUCGUCAUCGACCUCCGGCACUAAUCCACAGGAUAACCCCUCUGCCCCCCUGGCAAGGGCUCGGAUCCUCUCCCCCGCACCACGGGAUGCCAUGUGGAGCUUGGAUGACGAGGAAUUCGAGGCUUUCAUAACUGAGUCCGGAUCAGCGCCUAUCUCACCUUCAAAGCCCAUCUCCAAACUGCCCUCAAAGCGAAAUGUUCCAUCUGCAAAACCUGCGUCACCACCCCGUCCCCCAUCCCCACCAUCAGAUUACGAUUUAGAUUUGAUGGACCUAGACAUCGAUGAAGAACUCCUUGCGCAAGCGGAUAAAAUAGAGGCAGAAGCAUUAGCGACUGUUUCUAAACCACCAGGCACGAGAGGCUCAGGUUCUAAUACACGAGACAUGCGUCAAAUGAAUGCUUCGCAGGCGAAAGGUUCACGCUAUCAAGGUAUUCAAGGGAUGACAACUGCUCUGCAGAUGGCGUCUGGCUCAUCUCGACCGUCCGCAGUUUCAACCGUUAGCACAACGACAUCACAUCCCCGAAUCGGUCCUACAUCGGCCCAACGCCGGCCAGCAAACUCCACCCAGUGUGGGGUACCGAGCCCUGCUUCCGUUCGACGUCAACAUGUUCCGUCUACCUUGCGGGAAAAUGUCAUUGACGUCGAGUCGGACGAUAGCAUGUAUGUGGACGAUUCAGAUGAUGGAAAAGAGAAUGUUCCAACACGGACGCGAACACGGACGCGGGCGGUAGUCGAUGAGGAUAUAAUUGAGAUUUCUGAUUGAGAAUAUUUUGAUUAAUGUUGCAAAUUCUUUGUAUGUGAUGUUCUUUGGUCAAUUAUAUCACCACUCGAUUUCAAGUGUUAGGAGAGCUAUUUCAUAGACACCCGAUGUUGGCUUCUUGUACAACUAGGUUCGGAAGGAGAUGCAGGGGUUACAGAGGUCGAGGCGAGUAUUGUCUCCCGCACCUUGGAUGCGUCCCGUUGUUAUACUUUUUUUUAAUUUAAAAAAUCAAAUUUAUUGCCGUU